UAAGUUGACAAAUACCAAAAAUGCACAUUUAAAAAAAAAAAAAAAAAGUUACCGUCCUUGUAUGAUCCUGCAGAUCAGUGAUUAGCAAUAGAAAAGGUAUGAACGUUGUAUAAUUUGGAAUGUGGCAGUUUACAUCUUGAUUUACGGUAAUUGUAGUGUAUACAAAUAUUGAUGAUUACAUUAGCCCCCUCGUGUACCUGCAGUAAAGAUACAUUUCAUUCAGGACGCCUUAUAUUUUCGUUUCCUUUGUUACUGCAGAAGAGGAUUAUCUGUGAUAGGAUGAGAUGGUAAUAAAUAUUACGGGGCUGCAUAAAGACUUUGCCCCCCAAUCUAGAACCAAUGCGUGGAAGACAACAAAUGACGCCACUUCCGGGUUACUGGGAAGAGCAAAAGACAGCUGGGAUGUUUUCAUCAAGGGGCAUUGAAAGUGAUUAUUAAAGCACCAGCAGAAGACAGCAGUGAAAAAAGUCAAAUCGAAGGAAAGAUUUUUGAGACAGAGCAAUGGAGUCACCAGUGUGCCAGGAUGGCCGAACCUUUGUGGAGGUGAUCAAUGAAAAGUACAGUCCAGAGAACUUUCCGUGCCGUCGAGGGUUGGGCAUAGGGGUAGUGGUGGUGCCCACUGCAUGUCCCCAAGGGUCCCCCAUGAAAGACCGCUUGAACUUGCCCUGCGUGCUGGUGUUGAAUGGAUGUGGAAUCACCAAGGCAGGAGACCAGAGUGAAAUUGCAGCCUUUUGUGCCCACGUCAUGGAGCUGGACCUGUCCCAUAACAACUUUCAAGACUGGCAUGAGGUGCUGUCUCUGGGUCUGUUCAUUUAUUCAUUUUCAGUAUUUCCAGAGAACACAGAAAUGAUCAAAGACAGGGUGAUGCAUAUUGUAAUAAUUGCACAUGGCUCCCAUGUCGCCCAUGAGCUCAGGUUUUUUUUCUUUUCUCCGUUUUUUGUUAGCACGCAAUCCAGUAGAAACAGAAAAAAAACAUGUCAUAUCGACACUACCUCUUUUCAGAUUGGAAAAAUUGUUUCAAACAUCCCCAAUCUGGAAUUUCUUAAUCUGAGCUCCAACCCGCUAGCAGGGAUGACCCUUGAGCCGCAGUGCGCUGAAGCCUUUUCUCGGGUCCGACGCCUCGUCCUUAACAACACCCAAGUGUCCUGGGACACUGUGAUGCUGCUCACCCGUGAGAUCCCCGAGCUCGAGGAGUUGUUCCUGUGCCUUAAUGAGUACAGUGGCGUGCGAGCCUCCAGUGUGGUCUGCCCUAGCCUCCGCCUGCUGCACAUCACAGACAACAAUCUACUCGACUGGGGUGAAGUACGCAAGUUUGGAUCAAUGUUCCCUGGCCUGGACACUCUGGUCAUGGCCAACAACAAUUUAGCAUCUAUACAGGACAGCAAAGAUAUCCUGCAACGGCUCUUCCCCAACCUUCGCAGAAUCAACCUCCACAACUCAGGUCUUAAUCGAUGGGAAGACAUUGAGAAACUGAACUUCUUUCCUAAACUGGAGGAAGUGCGAUUACAAGGCAUCCCCUUACUGCAAACAUACACCAACAAGGAGCGGCGCAGCCUGAUGAUUGCGCAGCUUCCCUCUAUAUCACUGCUGAAUGGAAGCCUUGUAACAGAAAGCGAGAGAGAAGAUGCCGAGAGGUUCUUCAUCCGUUACCACUUGCACUGUCCUGAGGAGGAACUGCCUCGCCGAUACCAUUGUCUGGUAAACAAGUAUGGGAAGUUGGAACCUCUGGCUGAGAUCGAUCUCCGACCACGCUGCCAUGCUCAAGUUGAGGUUCACUGUGAAGAAAAAGUGGAACAGCUAAACAUCCGUUUAGACCAGACGGUGGCCGAGCUGAAGAAGCAGCUGACGUCAGUCGUGCAGCUUUCCACCAACAGCAUGAGGCUCUAUUACAUCGACAGGAACAGUGCCUUUGGCCCGGACGAACUCAAGUACAACACGCGAGCUCUUCACUCUUAUAAUAUCCAAGAUGGUGAUGAGAUACUUGUUGUGCCCAAGACCAAGUGAACCACUGACUUCCACUUGGCUAUUUUCUUUACUGAACCUUUAGUUGGAUUAAUUGGAGAUUGGAAAAUGAUUACAAAAUGUAUGUAUAUCUCGAGGCUCCGAAGCCUGCGUGAUAAUAUGAAGAGUCGAACGAGGAUGAGUUUCAUCUCGGUUUCUCAGCAGUGGACCUCAGGUAAGCUGCUAGGAUGCCACUUUGGGUAGGAUUAUGACUUUAUUUACUGUAUUAAGUUAUAGUUUAUGGCAUUCGCAAAGAGCAGCAAAUGGAGGACGGCUCGAGAAAGGAAACUUGCAGGCAGCUCUGAGCUUCUGGUGGGAUGGCACUGCCGCAGCUUUCUAUCUGCAUGAAUGCACCACAACUCCAUCGGCGAGUACACAUCACUUGUUUAACUAAAUUGCGGCAAAAGCUUCAGUGAACCAUUACGAAGCACUACUGCUGAGUUGAGCUGAUGAUAGAAAAAGUGUUGAGAACAGUAUUGUUUCACAAUUUCACAAUUGUGACUUAAACAGCAUCUGAAAGACAUCUUUAUCCAUUUUGUCCUAUCGUGGUUUAUUUAAUGCCGGUGGCGCAAAACCAUGUUAAAUGUUUCUACCAAAAUAGAUAAUUCUGUUCUGGAAUGAGAAAAAUCUUAAUGGAUGGAUGUUAUUUAAAAAUAAGACACACAGUGGAACCUCGAUUGUGUGAUUUAGUAUGUUCCAAAAAAGUCAGACUGAAAUAGAAUACUAUGACACCCAAAGCAAUAUUUCCCAUAGGAAAUAAUGUAAAUCCAAUUAAUGUGUUCCAGACACCUAAAAAUAUGAACAAAAACACAUUUUAUAGCUUGUGACUACAUCGUUAUAGACAAAAACAAUGUGAAGUAAAUAUAAGGGACAACUGAAUAGGAGAGAUGAACAUUUAACAUUACUUUUUUCUUAAAUUCUACGGUGUUGGCACAGACCUUUCUGUUAUAUUGUGUAAAAAGAGUUCAACAGACAGCCUGGCAUAAUCUACAAUGUAAGCUUUUAUGAACAACUCAAGGCAAUGACAAGAAUUCCGCUCUGCUCAGCAACAAUUAGAGCAUUUUGGUCAUCAUAAUAAGUGUAACAUCCUGUUAAAUGUGAAAGGUGAACGUAUUAUACAAUCCAUCACACUUGCUUUGGUGGCUAUUAGCAGUCGCACUCAAAUUAUUUAUUCGUUGAGUGAAAAUGAAACACCGUGAGCAACUAUUAUGAUACUGCAUGCUUUCAGUUUUGACAGGAUGUUACGUCAAUGUUGCCUGGGCAUUACAAUUGACUUGGGAGAGUUAUUAUCUUGAACAUGCAUCCAUUUUAGGAAAUACUGUAUGAAAAAGAAAUCGUCAAAAACUAAGGCAAGCAAGGUUCCGCUGUAUUCUAUAUACAUUGUAUUGUCUUGGAAUUGAGCUGAAAAUCAUUCCCACAACUCUGUGAAAAAGUUCUAGCAUUUAGUAUCAUGACACCAUUCUUUGUGCACUAAAGGUCCAUAGAUUACUUAUCUUUUAUCAUUCCUAUAAAUUGCAUAUCAUGCAUUUUUAAUUCACUCUCAAUGGUGUGUCAAUGGAACAAAAUGGAGCAAACUGACUCAAGGAGUUGCACUAUGGUGGUUUCAAACAGUACACCUUUCUAAAAACUAGAAAACCUAGUGAGUCCACUCCGUUUAACAUCACAGAGCUGGCCUAAUCUCUUCUCAUAGUUUUCUGAGAUUUUUGUAAAAAAAAAUCAAAUGUCAUGAAGCGACCAUUCAGGUGUUGUGUGCUGCCCUCUAUAGGCUUAGCCUCAAAAGUCAUUGACGCCUAAGCUGUGAGGUUCAAUUGGACCUUCCAAUCCAAUGAAAGCCUGUGCAGUUUGAAUCUCAUAACAUCUAAUUUACCUACUUGUAGCCUUAAGGGGGACACAACCUCUUAUUUGUUUUUUGAGGAGUAGCACCAAGUAUGGUAUUUUUAUGUACAUUUUGAGAAUUAUGAUUAAAAAAAACACACCAAAAAUAUUGGAACAGUGAGACCAGUUCCUUUAGUUUUGCAUGACAAUAAGAAAAAUAUUACUUAGUUAAUGACUGUAGAAACUGGGGGGGGAAACUAACUGCACUCUUAGAUAAGUCCAUGAAAGAGGAAUGUCUUGGUUCUCUAAAUCUGCUCAUGGUUGUUAAUGCUCAGAUUUACGUUCCUCCAUGUUGCUGCUCUUCAUGUUUUUUGUCAGGAACUUUUCCCCACCGCAAACACCCCCAAGAUUUCAAUCUUUCAAUAUAUUAGCGGCAGUUGACUUUAGCUCACUCUUUCUUUUCAUGUAAUCCACAGAGGUUAAAAAAAAUAAUAAUAAGCCUAUUUUUACAAAAUAAUCUUUUGAAAUGGAGGGGAUAAUUAGGGUAAAAGUAAUUUGAAGAAAAAGAUAUGGAUGCAAAUAUGGAUUCAUCUACCCAAGUACAUUAAGCAUUCUUUCCCACAACUGAGACUCAUGUUUAUAAAAAUGCAUUCAUGGUUUGACAUAAAUGAACCGGACUCACUGUUUCAAUACUUAUAAAAUGUAACUACUCACUAUUUCAUCUUUAAACCACACAAACUAAUUUUAGAUGCUCUUCUUUCUAGUGUCACAUCCACCUGCUUGUCC